UGUCCGUGAGCGCCCGGGUGUCAAAACGCGUGGGGCCCCGAAAAACACUAGUUUCUUUCUCACUCUUGAUCCUGUCUCUCUCGACCACGAGAGACGAGGCCUCUGUUUGCAUGUGUAUGUGUGUGGGUGUUUGCCUAUAUGUGAGUGAGUGUUGGGUGGGUGAGGUGAGAUUAUUCAGUGAGGAGACGUCGGGCUCUUGAGGGAGGCUUUGCGUCAACACACUAUACUCCGAAACGUCUCGUACGUUUUGUUUGUUAUUAACAAGGAUAAACCAACGAAAGGUGUAAACAUUGAACAGCGAUGGAGAAUAAAGCAAGAAGAAUCUAGAAAAACGACGGAUGAAAAAAAUCGCCGAGAGUUUUUUCAAUAAAAGACAGUCGAGGGACACUGCAAAAAGAGUUACUGCUCAACGAGUUGUUUAUAGGAAAAUAAAAAGAAGAAACUUGAAGACACGUCGAUUCGUGGAGAAACGAGGAAUCUUUGAUAUUGGUGGAAAGGAGUUUACGAGUUUUUCCAUGUCAACGACACGCGCGACCCUGCCAAGGCCAGCGUGCUACGCCCCGCUUAUUAACAAGAAAUAUCCCAGACACAAGCCCCUUUUAUCCUGCUUUGACCGGCACUCGGAAAAUACUCGAAAUUUUCAUAAAUUCCAUGAUCAUAUUAACGAAUCGAUAUCCAAAGUCGUGACUCUCUUUUAUAAACGAAGAACAAAUCACUGCUUGGAGGUUACCGAGCUGCCGGUUCGUCGUGCGCCCAUCUCGAGGAUAUCCAACGCUCAAACUUUGAGUUUUUAAGUUGGUAAAAACGACGAAACCGUAAUUGUGUCGCUUCGACCUUACACGGAAUUCGUACCGGCUUUAUACAUUUUUUUUCAAAACAAUUGUCAAACUAGGACUGAGAUGAGCGACCAUGGCUGCAUACACUUAAAUAAUUUCAAAGCAGCGAAGGGGAUACAACCGUACAAAAUUAUACAUUCGUAUUUCGUUACGAGCACCUCCGCCGAGGCACGCGUGAGAAAGGCGGUGAGCUGUUUGUGUCAUACUUGUCAGACAUACAAGGAUCGUCUUCACUCCUGUUUGCAUUGCAUAUUUUUUGGGUGUUACGGAAACGGGCACAUCCAGGAGCACGCAAAAACAAAAAAACAUUUUCUGGCUGUGGAUCUGUGCUACGGGAAUAUCCUCUGCUUUCAAUGCGGAGAUUACGUUUAUGACAGAGAAUUGCUCGCCGUUGCAAAAGCGCAAUGGAGCGAAUCAGCAAAAUCGUUGAGCCUGGGAGAGUUUUAUCGGGCGUGGGAGCCGACUCAGACAGAGGCGGAAUUGUUGAGAAAGCAUCCGCGGCGUCGUCGCAUCGUCGAGAAUUCGACGAUCGGUCUGAGGGGUCUAAUAAAUUUAGGAAGCACGUGCUUUAUGAAUUGCAUCGUUCAGGCCCUCACUCACACUCCGUUACUGCGGGACUAUUUUCUAGCUGACCGUCAUCACUGCCCGCAGCCAAGUCGAUGUCUCGUGUGCGAGGUUUCGCAUCUCUUUCAGGAAUUUUAUUCGGGAAGCAAAGCGCCUUUGACGCUUCACAAAUUGUUGCAUUUGAUAUGGACACACGCGAGGCAUUUGGCCGGGUACGAGCAACAGGACGCUCACGAAUUUUUCAUCGCGACGCUCGAUGUUCUCCAUCGACAUUGCGAAGCCGCUCCUAUUCUCGUUAAGGACAAUCCUCAUCAUUGCAAUUGUAUAAUCGAUCAAAUAUUCACCGGUGGAUUGCAGAGCGACGUGGUCUGUCAGUCGUGCAAUGGAGUAUCAACGACGAUAGAUCCAUUCUGGGACAUAUCCCUCGAUCUGGGUCCAACCGCAGGAGCUUCAGGUUCGGAUAGUACCGGGCCACCAACAUCGUUGCUGGAUUGUCUCGAGAGAUUUACGAGGGCGGAGCAUCUCGGUUCGAGCGCUAAAAUAAAAUGCAGCAAGUGUCAGACUUACCAAGAAUCAACGAAGCAAUUGACGAUGAAGCAGCUACCGAUCGUCGCCAGUUUUCAUCUCAAGCGUUUUGAGCACUCGAGCAUACAGGACAAAAAGAUUUCGACUUUCAUAUCGUUCCCGGAACAACUCGAUAUGACGCCUUUUAUGUCGCAUCGACGUAACGGCAACAACAAUAGCUCGACGAUCGAUCGUUUGUCAAAUAAAAAUGGCGAGGACGGGACUUUCAGCGAUAACAGAUAUUCGCUUUUCGCUGUUAUCAAUCACGAAGGCUCCCUUGAGACUGGACAUUACACAGCUUUCAUCAGACAACAGAGAGAUCAGUGGUUCAAAUGUGACGACCAUCUGAUCACGAGGGCCAGACUCAAAGACGUUUUGACGAGCGAAGGAUACUUACUCUUUUACCACAAACAAAUUUUGGAAUAUGGCCGAAACAGCAAAAUAUGAUCGCGAUUAUCCCUUUCGCCUACUACUGUCCUCCGUCCUGUUCCCAAAUCUAUAUAUACACGUAUUUAUAUAUGGAUUGAUUAAUUUAUUAACCGAUCUGUGUUUAUCGGACUCGCCCUGGAUUAUUGUUUUUCUUUUUUUUUUAUUUUUUGCAAUAUUUAUAAGCUGCGUUCCGUAUCCCAACUAAAAAGUGUUAUGAUCCCUCCCGUACGUGAAAUAUCUCCAUAGAUUUAAGAUUAGCUCAACGCCCUUUUUUUAUUGACUAAAAUUCCCUUUUCUAUACCAUUGACUAUAAAAUAUUAUUGUACUCGUACUCUGAUGAUUUACAUACAAAGGACAAACAACGUGACUGCGUGGGCUCAAUAGUUGUAGCAUUAAAUCUUGAUUUUUUUUUCUUUCACUCGGUUUUUUUUUGUUCACACGCGCCAAGAACACUAAAAACCAUCGAUAUCUGUCAAUGAUGACUGCAGAUGCACGAAAAUAUCUCGUAAAUCAUUUCGUAUCGGUAGUUAUGUUUUUUUCUUUGUUUUUUUUUUUUUAUGCCACCGCAUGUAAGAGUUCGACUAUGCGGCGGUACCCAUUCAUUAUGGCCAGAUCAAUUUUGUACAAAUAUCUAUAAUGAAAUAAUAAUACAACCGUUAUUUAUUUGAACAACGGUUGUUAUAAUAUCCUGAUGAAAGCGAUACGCAAAUCGCAUGACUGUAUACAAUAAUAAAUCGAUAUGAAUGAUACCAAA